GUUCGCUCCCCCUCUGCCUCGCUGUGGAAACCCGCUGGCUUCCAUCUUGCACUUUGAAGAGUCUAAUGACACCUGUGUUGUCUAGACAUGUCCAAGGAUCUCCAUCCAACCAUGGAUCCCACAAAGAUGGGAAUUGGACGGUCCAUUGCUGUGCUGACGUCAGGAGGAGAUGCCCAAGGUAUGAACGCUGCAGUAAGAGCCACAGUAAGAGUUGGUCUCUAUACUGGAGCCAAAGUCUACUUUGUUCAUGAGGGUUACCAGGGCCUGGUGGAUGGAGGAGAAAACAUUCGCCCUGCCACCUGGGAAAGUGUGUCAAUGAUGCUUCAACUGGGUGGAACUGUCAUCGGCAGCGCUCGCUGUAAAGACUUCAGAUCCAGGGAGGGUCGAAUGAAGGCAGCCUGCAACUUGGUGAAGCUGGGCAUCACCAACCUUUGUGUGAUCGGAGGUGACGGCAGUCUGACUGGAGCCAAUGAGUUCAGGACUGAAUGGAGCAGCCUGCUGGUCGACCUGGUCCGAGCUGGUAAUAUUACAGAGGAAGAAGCCAAGAAAUCAUCCCAUCUGAACAUCGUCGGCAUGGUCGGCUCCAUCGACAACGACUUCUGUGGCACUGACAUGACCAUUGGGACUGACUCCGCCUUACACCGCAUCAUCGAGGUGGUAGACGCCAUCACCACAACUGCACAGAGCCAUCAGAGGACAUUCAUUCUGGAAGUGAUGGGUAGACACUGUGGGUACCUGGCCUUGGUGACGGCUCUAGCCUGUGGUGCUGACUGGGUCUUCAUUCCAGAGAUGCCACCAGAUGAGGGCUGGGAGGACCACUUAUGCAGGAGGCUAACAGACCAAAGAGCCAGAGGUUCCCGUCUGAAUGUGAUCAUUGUGGCAGAGGGAGCCAUUUCCAGAGACGGCAAACCAAUUACAUCUGACCAAAUCAAAAAGUUAGUGACUGACAGACUGGGCUUUGACACUCGCACCACUGUUCUUGGUCAUGUUCAAAGAGGAGGAACGCCCUCGGCCUUCGACAGAAUCCUGGGCAGCAGGAUGGGUGUGGAAGCAGUGAUGGCAUUGCUAGAGGCCACUCCAGACACCCCUGCCUGUGUGGUCAGCCUGUCUGGGAAUCAGGCAGUCAGAUUACCGCUUAUGGAGUGUGUGCAAGUGACCAAAGAUGUGACUGCUGCCAUGUCUCAGGGCAAAUUUGAAGAAGCAAUCAAACUCAGAGGAAAAAGUUUUGAGAACAACUGGAACACAUACAAGCUGCUGGCUCACAUAAAUCCUCCAGAUGUUAAGAGCAACAUCAAUGUGGCUAUAAUGAACAUUGGAGCUCCGUGCGCCGGCAUGAAUGCUGCAGUCCGUUCAGCAGUCAGAAUGGGCAUCAUCCAGGGUCACAACAUAUUGGCUGUUCAUGAUGGCUUUGAUGGUCUGGCUCAUGGACAGGUUGAGCCUAUCACCUGGACUUCAGUGACUGGCUGGACUGGAAAAGGAGGGUCGAUGUUGGGCACCAAGAGAACUCUUCCAGGCAAAAUGUUGGAAGAAAUCAGCCAGAAUAUUGCAAGGUUCAACAUCCAUGCUUUGGUGAUCAUUGGUGGAUUUGAGGCCUAUGUCGGAGGCCUGGAGCUAGUUCAGGCAAGAGAGAAAUACGAAGAGAUGUGCAUUCCUAUGGUGGUCAUUCCUGCCACCGUGUCCAACAACGUCCCCGGCUCUGACUUCAGCAUUGGUGCUGACACUGCUCUGAACACCAUCACCUCCACCUGUGACAGAAUCAAACAGUCUGCAGCUGGAACGAAGCGCCGCGUGUUCAUUGUAGAAACUAUGGGCGGAUACUGCGGCUACUUGGCCACCAUGGCGGGGCUGGCUGCUGGAGCUGAUGCUGCCUACAUCUUUGAGGAAAAAUUCAACAUCAGAGAUUUGGAGACGAACGUAGAGCAUCUUCUGCAGAAGAUGAAGACAACAGUGAAGAGAGGUUUGAUUCUAAGGAAUGAAAAUUGCAAUUCCAACUACACCACUGAUUUAAUCUUCAACCUGUACUCAGAGGAGGGCAAAGGAAUCUUCGACUGCCGUAAGAACGUCCUGGGACACAUGCAGCAGGGUGGCACUCCAACACCCUUUGACAGGAACUUUGGCACAAAGAUGGGUGCCAAGUCUGUUCUGUGGCUGACUGAGAAGCUCAAAGAGUGCUAUAGACAUGGUCGCAUCUUUGCUAACACACCAGACUCGGCCUGUGUUCUGGGCAUGAGGAAGAGGGCACUCACUUUCCAGCCUCUUGCUGAGUUAAAAGCAGACACAGAUUUUGAGCACCGUAUCCCAAAGUCACAGUGGUGGCUAAAAAUCAGGCCCAUCAUGAAGAUCUUGGCCAAGUAUGACAUCAAACUGGACACAUCUGAGCAUGCUGACAUGGAGCAUAUCAUCAACAAGAGGGGUUCUCACAGAAAGUAAAUGUCUGCAGCCUUAUGAGAACCAUCAUGGCCAGUCAGGGGGCAUUUUCUCUGUUCCAUUACUAAAUUAUUUUACAUUUCCAACAACUUGUCUUUGCAACUUGAUAAAAGAUUUGCUGUCGCUUUUUCCUUUCCUAAAUCUUUUCUGUCUCGUAGAAACUCAGUAUUUGCAACUAUUUAAACAACUUCAGUUGUCUUCAAGAAACUGAUUAAAGACAUAUUUAAAA